AUGGAAUAAACUUAAGCAUAAGCUGCUAUUAUCAAGUAAAAAGCAAAAAAUAAGACUGAGAUAUUUCACUUGAUACUCUAGCAUGGACUUAGAGAUCUAGAAAUCUCUACAUUCUUAGAGUAAAUGCUUAAUGAAAACAUGAUAACUUUUUAAUAUUCACCCAAGAUAUUCAAUAAUUCAAUAAUGUGGCUCUAAGCGAAGCCAAAUUAACAAUACACCUAAGUCAAUCCUCAGCAAAAUCAAAAUGGUUUCUCUUAUAACCAUAAUAUAUUCUAGUAAUAAGUGUAAUCAUAGUAUACCUAUGAGAAUGAAUUCGUGCUGAUUUAUCAUAAUGCUGAUACCUUUUAAAGAGAUUUUAUUUCAGGGGAUUUAUAGCUUGAAAUGACUCGGUUGAAAAAGUAUAAAUAGUCAAGACUUGACUAGAACAAGAAUAGUAGCUUCAAAGUGAUAGUACUAUUUUAAAGUGUGAGCGAUGCUUUAUUCAAUAAUCAAUUGACAUCAAAUUAGUCAAAAGCUCGUCAAACUAAAUAGGAAAAGCUAUUUGAGAUUAGUAGUAGAACUGGGAAUGAUGAUCCUAAGGUAGUGAAUAGAACUGACUAUGAUAAAUUUCUGAUAGAAUUGACCAUUACUUAUGAAUUUGACUUUAUUCAUCUUGAUUCUCAUUUGGAAGUGAUUGAGUUUUUAAAGGAAAUGCAUAAUACAAUAGUAGAAAAACCUCACCGUAAAGAACUCUCUAUGUACUCGAGGAAAGGAUUCAGACCUGGCAAAAAAGCGCAUCUCUCAGGAUUUAAAGAUCCCCUCAGUAUCACAUACAUAUCCUUCUUGAUGUGUAUUCCUGGGGUUAGUGAAAAUAAGGCAAUAGCUUUGGCUAAGAUUUAUCCGACAUUUAGUUCAUUGAUGGAAAUGCUAUAAAAUGAUAAAAUUGAUUAGAAAGAGAAGAUCAAUAGAAUGAAAAAUGUAGAGGUAGUAGCCUCAAUGGGCGAUAAAAGUAAGAAGAUGGGUAAAGUAGCUGAAAAAAUAUAUAUGACUUUAAGAUGUGCAAUUCCAACUCAAAUAAUUAAUUGA